GGGUUUCCCCCCAUCCCUUCCUAUUAUUCUUAUUCUUUGGAGUAUUCUUCAUUGUCAAGCCGCCAAAGUGGAGAGUGUGAUUGCAGAAGGGGGUGCUUCUCGUUUCAGCGAGUUCCUGGGGAAAGCCCCAGGGCAAAGCGUUCAGAGAUGGGUUCCUUCACGAAGCACUAGACGAGAUGUCAACUCCAGUAAUGAAAAAGAGCGACAUGAUGCAAUCUUCAGGAAAGUGAGGGGCAUACUCAACAAACUCACGCCUGAGAAGUUUGACAAGCUAUGCCUUGAGCUCCUGAACGUGGGCGUAGAUUCAAAACUCGUCCUUAAAGGAAUCAUCUUGCUGAUUGUAGACAAAGCCCUAGAAGAGCCGAAGUAUAGCUCGCUCUAUGCUCAGCUAUGUCUGCGCUUGGCAGAGGACGCACCAAACUUUGAUGGCCCUUCAUCUGAGAUCCAACCAUCCCAAAAGCAGAGCACAACCUUCAGAAGACUGCUGAUUUCCAAGCUUCAAGAUGAAUUUGAAAACCGCACCAGAAAUGUUGACAUCUAUGACAAACAUGACAAUCCUCUUACUUCUGAGGAGGAGGAGCAGCGUGCCAUUGCCAAGAUCAAGAUGCUUGGCAACAUUAAAUUCAUUGGGGAACUUGGCAAACUUGACCUCAUCCAUGAAUCUAUCCUUCAUAAGUGCAUCAAAACACUUCUGGAAAAGAAGAAGAGAGUCCAGCUCAAGGAUAUGGGGGAGGAUCUGGAGUGCCUCUGUCAGAUAAUGAGAACCGUGGGGCCGAGACUCGACCAUGAGAAAGCGAAGUCUUUAAUGGAUCAGUACUUUGGCCGUAUGCGAUCCUUAAUGAACAACAAGGAGUUGCCCGCGAGGAUCCGCUUCCUGCUACAAGACACAGUGGAACUGAGAGAAAACAACUGGGUCCCACGCAAGGCUUUCAUCGACAAUGGGCCAAAGACGAUUAACCAGAUCCGUCAGGAUGCAGUGAAAGAUUUGGGUGUUUUCAUUCCAGCGCCCAUGUCACAGGGGAUGAGGAUGGACUUCUUCUUGGAAAGUCCUUUCAUGCCCAACCGAAUGAAACUGGACAGGGAGACUCUUGGAGGAUUAGCUGACAUGUUUGGACAAAUGCCAGGGAGUGGAAUUGGAACUGGCCCAGGGGUUAUUCAAGAUAGGUACUCGCCCACUAUGGGACGCCAUCGCACCAACCCACUCUUCAAUGGCCAUGGGGGUCACAUUGCCCCUCCACCGCCGUCACAGUUUGACAUGGGGCCCAAGUCAUUUGUGAAGUCCAACCAGGUUCAGAACCAGCAUUUUGUCAACCAGAACCAGAACCACAUGACCCAGCAGCAGGUCCAGUCCAAGGACAUGCCUCCACGGUUCAGUAAGAAAGGCCAGCUUAAUGCAGAUGAGAUCAGCCUCAGGCCAGCUCAGUCAUUCCUCCUCAAUAAGAACCAGGUACCCAAGCUCCAGCCCCAGAUUCCCACCAUGAUGCCACCGAGUGCCCAGCCUCCACGCACUCAGACACCGCCACUGGGACAGCCUCCACAACUUGGGUUGAAGACCAAUCCCCCUCCCAUACAAGAGAAACCUCCGAAGAUGAGCAAGAAACCACCUCCUGCAAAGGAGGAACUGCUUAAGAUGACGGAGGCAAUCAUGACUGAGUACUUGAACAGCAAGAACCUGACCGAGGCUGUGAAUGGCGUUCGUGAGAUGAAGGCACCAAAGCAUUUCCUGCCUGAGAUGCUGAGUAAGAUCGUUGUAUGUUCUCUGGACCGCCCAGAUGAGGAUAAGGAGCAUGCCAGCACUUUGGUCCACAUGCUUCGCACGGAGGGCCUCAUCACGGGUGAAAACUUCAUGCAGGCUUUCCUCAAUGUACUUGACCAGUGCCCCAAGAUUGAGGUGGAUGUGCCAUUGGUCAAGUCUUACUUGGCCCAGUUUGCAGCAAGGGCUGUCAUUGCUGAGCUGGUGAGCGUGGCAGAGCUAGCUCACCCUCUGGAGAACGGCACCCACUUUCCCCUCUUCCUGCUGUGCCUGCAGCAAACUGCCAAGCUCAAGGACAGAGAGUGGCUCACUGACCUCUUCCAGCAGAGCAAAGUCAACAUGCAGAAGAUGCUCCCAGAAAUUGAUCAGAACAAAGACCGCAUGUUGGAGAUUCUGGAGGGGAAAGGCCUAAGCUUCUUGUUCCCCCUGCUGAAGCUGGAGAAGGAGCUGCUGAAGCAGAUAAAGGCAGACCCCUCUCCACAGUCCAUCUACAAGUGGAUUAAAGACAACAUCUCUCCCAAGCUCCACACUGAUAAAGGUUUUGUCAACAUCCUCAUGACCAGUUUCCUCCAGUACAUCUCUCAGGAGUUGUGUGUGGUGGAGGGUGAUGAGCAACUGGCUGCCCCCUCCAAAGAGCAGCUGGAGCAGGAGAAACAGCUGUUACUUGCCUUCAAGCCCGUAAUGCAAAAGUUCCUGCAUGACCACACUGAGCUGCAAGUCAGCGCCCUCUAUGCACUGCAAGUGCACUGCAACGCCAGCGGGUUCCCUAAAGGCAUGCUGCUGCGUUACUUUGUUAACUUCUACGACAUGGAGAUCAUUGAAGAAGAAGCCUUCCUUGCAUGGAAAGAAGACAUCACCCAAGAAUUCCCUGGAAAAGGAAAAGCUUUAUUCCAGGUGAACCAGUGGCUAACCUGGCUGGAGACUGCAGAGGAGGAGGAGUCUGAAGAUGAAGCAGAUUGAGAAACCAAGCAGAGAUGUAUCAUGGUGUGACUGACCUUAUCUAUUACGACACCCGCCUUUAACUCAACGCUUCAGUUAACCACUGCCAUGUGGCACUCGGCUGCUCCUGUCUGGCAAAUAUAAAUGAAAGCUUAUACUUUGUAGGGCCUACAGCAUCACCACCUGUACCUUGAUGACUGGCUAAGAAGCAUCAUUUGUUCUUUUGCCUAACAGAUGUUUGUGGGUCUGUGUGCUGUUCAGUCACACAUGGUCCUGGAGAGUGUCAUCAAUUUCUCUCACUCUCUCCUCUAAGUUUAAGUUGUUUUUUUUUCCCCACUGCAUUGCAUGUUUUUAUUUCUACUCUUAAUUUUUCUUGUUUUAAAACUUUCCCACUGAGUUAACUGCUUUAAGAACCUGUAGGGUUUUGCCCUCAGUGUGUUGCUUUCAGUUUAGUAGUACCAUCUGCUGUCGAGGGAAUCUUAAAGCAUAUGGUCUUGUCAGCUGCUCUGCUUGACCUUCAGCUUGAGGUCAGAUGCUAAACGUCUGCCUGUUUCCAUCGUCUCGCUCACAGGUGACGCAAUCAAUCAGAGGGGAAUUCACCACCAGACAGGCUGCAGGAUGAAGUGUGGAUGGAUUCUUAGAGCAGUUGGAUUAUGAUCCACAUAAUGAAAAUCUUAAAAUAACGCAACAUCUUCAGUGUUUGUUUCACACGGUGUGACUGCUUGAAGGCCCGCUGACAUGACGUCCAAGCUGGCAAAACAUUUCAUGGGUUAAGAUGCGUGUUAGGUCAACCUGUGCUCAACUAAAAAUUCUGAGGUUUUUUUUUUUUAACAUACAUAUAUAUAUAUAUAUAUAUAUAUAUAUAUAAAGUGCUCUUCGUAGUUGCUGACGAGCAUCUCCCUCUGAUGUUUUUCCACCUGGAGAUUAUCCUGUUUUUUUUUUUUGUUUUUUUUAUUACGAGUGGUUGCAAUACUUAUCAUCCUCCAAAUGUUACAAUAUUUUAAAAACUGUAAUCAUUGGUGUGCUGCCGUAAUUUUUCAGAGUUGCCUGUGUUUCUACCUCUUAGUUAGAUGGGCUUUUCUUUGUUUUUGUGCUUGGAUAAAAGAACCAUUAGAACCUGGAACCCAAACAAAUGCUGAAGUGUUUGAUUUAGUCAUGGCUUAAUUGCACAAUACACUUGGGGAGGCAGACUGUCCUGUGAAGCGUCCUGUGUCUUAUAAAUGUUAAUAUUUAAGAAGGAAAGAGAAGCAUGCUUUGGGCAGUCUGUGCAAAAUGUACCUAAUGUCAGAGUUAAUCAUUUCAACAACUUAGGAUGAUUGUCUGAUUGUGCUAACCGAGUUAAAUUAUGCAAUGAAGUAUUUCUUGGUUUAAUUUGGGGAAGAAAAACAGCGGACCUUUCUGGAUGAACUGUGUUUGACCUCUUUGAAUCUCAGUAAGUAAAUUGUCCAAGAAUCAUGUUCACAAGAGAAGUUGAUGUAACAGGCAGUGGAUUUGGAUCAUAUUGUAAGGUAUUCAUAAUUAUUGUGCACCUCUAUUGCUUUAAUGUUAAAUAAAAUCCAGUACAUGAGCACCAAAA